AUGUUGGCUGAAGCUGAUGCUGCUAUGCCCCGUUUCUGGACUUCACCCUCCUCCUUCUGCCUCCUCUUCCUCCUGGUUUCUAGCUCUGCCUCUGAAAACGAUACUGUAGUGGUCACCAGCAGUGGUCCUAUUAGAGGCAAACGGCUCCCAGCUGGCUCUGGCUCUGUUACCGCCUACCUGGGCAUCCCCUAUGCUGAGCCCCCCAUAGGCAAACUGCGCUUCCAGAAGCCCAUUCCUCAUCAGCCGUGGAGCCAGGUCUUGGAGGCCACCACCUUUGGUAACUCUUGCCACCAGGCAAUUAUUGAUUUCCUACCUAAUUCCACCAUAUUAUUUCCCAACACACCACUUUCAGAGGACUGUCUCUUUCUCAACAUCUGGGUGCCCAACCCACAACCAGUCAAACCAGUGCCCAUCCUUCUAUGGAUCUACGGUGGGGGAUUUAUCAGUGGCACAGCCUCGCUAGACAUCUACAACGGGGCAUUCCUAGCUGCUACAGAGAAUGUCAUUGUGGCCUCCAUGAAUUACCGCGUGGGGACCCUGGGUUUCCUGUACCUGCCGCCAGAUGCCCCAGGAAACGCUGGCUUGUGGGACCAACAUCUGGCUCUGAAGUGGGUGAGUGAGAACGCAGCUGUGUUUGGUGGUGAUGCAGCCCAGAUAACUCUCUUUGGUGUAAGUGCUGGAGGAUCCUCAGUUGGUUUCCACCUGUUUUCGCCGGCCAGCCAACCCCUUUUUGCCCGUGCUGUGCUUCAGAGUGGAGUUCCCAAUGCCCCCUGGGGUUGGAGGAAUCCUGAAGAUGCCCUAAGAGUUUCGGUAAAUGUGAGUGACCUAAUGGGGUGUCCUACAGCUAACCACAGUGCUAUGGUUAGCUGCCUACAGGGAAAGGAAGGCAAGGCAUUUUCUGACCUGGGACCUAUGUUUUCUUUGACAACCGAUGGGGAGUUCAUCCCAGACGAUCCCCAAAAGCUCCUGGAGACUGGUGGCGUUCAGGGCAAACCCAUUCUCGCUGGUGUCAGUGCUGACGAAGGGUCACACAUGGUAUUAAUGCUAUUUCCAAGCAUCAUAGGAAACGAUUCAAUACUUACCAGGGAGCAGCUCUAUGAAGGGGUGAAUCAAACAGUAAAAAAUGGAACUAAACAAAAUGCCAUCAAUGCUGCAAUACUGAAGUACGUCCAAGAGAGCCAUGGGCCAGAACAGUACCAAAUGGCCUUGACUCAGUUUUUAGGAGAUUACUUCUUCGUGUGCCCACUGGCUGAGUUUGCUGCAAAGGUCGGAGGAGCCAAGAGCCCAGUUUAUGUUUACUACUUCGACCACCGUUCUCCCAUUUGGCCCAAGUGGGCAGGAACACCCCACGGAGCUGAGCUGCCUUACUUGUUUGGAAUCAUGGCAUCCGAGUCGCAAACAAACCAAUCAGAGGCGGCGGCUGAGGAUGCUGAAUUGAGCCGUCGAGUGAUGCGAUACUGGGCAGACUUUGCCAGAAGCGGGAAUCCCACUGGGUCAGAGGCAAGUGAAGUGAAGUGGCCUGUCUACAAUUCCACAGAGCAGAACUUCUUUCAUAUCGGCGGAAAGGCAGCCCAGCCCAAACGGAGGUCACCUGCCUCACACUGUGGUUUUCUGGCAUCUCUUUUUUCAAAUGCGACAGAAGCAGGUGAAUUUGGGGCUCCUCUGGGGAAAGCCUUUUCUGAGGUCUCUGAAGAAGGCAGCACUUCACCCAUUUUGGAGAAAGGUCCGAAGAAUGAGACCCAAGACAAUGGAAUCCACACUUUAGGAACAGGUUAG